ACAGCAUAUAGGGACAUCUCCCCUGUGGGUAACAGGCUCAACAAAUCAGUUUGGUAGCUGUCUUGUGUGUCUCAUAUAUGUUAUGUUGGGAAGGUGCAGACGAAAGGUGUUGGGUACUGUUGGGUAGUCGGGCGUUUUGUGUGUCGCACCCUAUUAGUCUAGUUCUAACACAUGCAAUCUCCAUCAGUUUACAAACAUAUUCUCAGUUUAGUAUGCAUAUGUGCGGAGUAUGUGUGGCUGAUGUGCCAUCUCUAUCA